AUGUCAGACACCACAUAUCGCAGCUGGUGGGAAGAAGGGAGAAACUACACGCACAAGAGCGAAAGCAAAUCAUUAAUCGACAACCUGGGCUUGGUUCGAUAUAUCCCGCCUACCCGUGGACUCUCUAGUCGCAAGUUUACCGACUUCCCUUUCAUGCAGCUUCCGCCAGAACUCCGUCUUGAGGUUUACUCGCUCGCUGGAUUCUUCAAACCACACGUCAUCUCUCUCGGUAGCAGAGGGCCCGGUAACAGAAAAGCCAGGCGUUCUAGUACACCACCCGUCGCUAUACUUAUCACGAGAAGUAAGACACCAGUUGAGUUUUACUUCUGCAGAGAAUCACGCAUGUUAGCGUUAGAGUGCUACCAAAAGCUACAGUUCAAGUGCUAUCGCGACGGCCUAAGUCUCGACACCCACAUUUACGUAAACCCUGGAAUCCCUCAUCUAGAGUUGGAUCUCAAAGCCAAUCCCAAUUUUUGGCAGACCGUGUCAUUAACAGUGUCGACUUUGCAAAGGUCAUGUAGAAAGGAAGACCUUGGCAGGUUCAGAAUUAUCAUUUCGAACACCCCGGCAACUCAGUUCUUCUUGAUUGCCAGUGAGGGUCAGGAUCAUCAGCACAAAGAUUUCAUGAGGGGAAUUGCUUCGUUCAUUCUUGAAUUAGGUGUAGACCAAGUUGUACUAUUGCCAAAAAGGGACGCAAAUGAUCAAGGGGAUGAUCCCAAGCAGGAUUUAAUGAGGGCUGUGGAAAGUGAGUGUAUGUAUGACAGUGAGCGAACCGUCAAAUGGUUUCGAGACAUUCGUAUUUCUGGGAUCGCGAGGAUAUGGAAAAAACGUGGUCUUGUUUUCACUAGGAGGACAGCAGAUUACCCUAUUCCAACCCAUCCGCGCUCGUAUUACUGGUAA